AAGAAAGCAAGAAGCAAGCAAGCGCAUCUUGCUCAGACCAUUGCCUGCUCCACAUUGCGCUGCACUUGUGCGCCUCGUGUUCUUGCGAGUCCUUGGUGUUUCCCAAUGGCGGCUGUGGUGGCCACCAUGGUGGUCGGACCACUGGUCAAAAUCGUGACGGAGAAGGCAUCCAACUACCUCCUCGACAAGUACAAGGUGAUGAAGGGCAUGGAGAAGCAACAUGAGAUCCUGAAGCGCAAACUUCCUGCCAUCCUGGACGUCAUCACUGACGCUGAGCAGGCGGCAACCCACAGGGAAGGGGCAGCGGCCUGGCUCGAGGCCAUCAAGAAAGUGGCUUACCAGGCGAAUGAAGUCUUCGACGAGUUCAAAUACGAGGCGCUUCAUCGUCAAGCGCGAAAGAUGGGGCAGUACAAGGAGCUUGGCUUCGAUGUGGUAAAGCUCUUCCCCUCCCACAACCCUUUCAUAUUCAGGUGCAGGAUGGGAAAAAAGCUCCGCAAGAUUGUUCUGGCCAUUGAGGUCCUUGUGACUGAGAUGAAUGCCUUCGGCUUUAAAUAUGAGCAACAACCACUGGUAUAUAGGGAGUGGCGGCAGACGGAUCAAGUUAUCUUUGAUCCAAAGGAAAUCAUCAGUAGAUCCAGAGCCAAAGAUAAUAAGAAUAUUGUUGAUAUACUAGUUGGUCAAGCUAACAAUCCAGCUCUCACAGUUGUUCCCAUCGUUGGAAUGGGGGGUCUGGGCAAGACUACGUUAGCACAACUUGUUUACAAUGAGUAUGAAAUUGAGAUGCAUUUUGAUUUGCUGCUAUGGGUGUGUAUCUCUGAUGGCUUUGAUGUGGAUUCUCUGGCUAUACGUAUAGUUGAAGCAGCCCCCGAGAAGAAAGAUGACAGUAAAAAAACAGCUGUUGCUUCCAAGCAGACACCACUUGAUACUCUUCAGAACAUACUGAGCGGGAAAAGAUACCUCCUUGUAUUGGAUGAUGUAUGGGCACGAGAGGAUCGUAAAUGGGAACAGCUCAAGGCCAGCCUUGAACAUGGUGGCAUGGGUAGUGUGAUCUUGACAACAACUCGUGAUAAAAGAGUUGCAGAAAUAAUGGGUACUGUUAAAGCUUAUAAUCUCGGAGCUUUGGAAAGAGAGUACAUAAAGGAAAUUAUCGAGAUAACAGCAUUUAGUCGUUUGAAGAAGGAUGAGAAAAGGUCCGCCAUGUUGGUGAAUAUCCUUGGUGAGAUUGUCGAGCGCUGUGCUGGCUCUCCUUUAGCUGCAAUAGCUCUGGGAUCCAUAUUGCGUAACAAAACCAGUGAAGAAGAAUGGAAAGCUGUAUCAAGGAGAAGCAACAUUUGCACCGUGGAGUCUGGAAUCUUACCAAUACUUAAGCUCAGUUAUAACGACCUGCCGCCGCAUAUGAAACAAUGCUUUGCGUUUUGUGCUAUAUUUCCCAAGGAUUACGAGAUUGAUGUGGACAAGCUGAUCCGACUAUGGAUUGCACAUGGCUUUAUUAUCCAAGAAGAGCAAGUGCGCCUUGAAACCAUUGGCAAACAAAUUUUCAAUGAGCUGGCCUCAAGGUCAUUCUUUCAAGAUGUGAAACAAGUCCAAGCCACAGUCAGUGAAAUUGUAAGGGGCCGGGCGUGUUAUUCUAGAACUACAUGUAAAAUACAUGAUCUUAUGCAUGAUGUUGCACUGUCUGUAAUGGAAAUGGAAUGUGCCUUGGCAACUGACGACCCAGGAAAUAUUGAUUCUAUUGUCGCAACUAUGGGACCAUGUCAGAGGGAGUGGCUUCCGAACUCUGCUCGGCAUCUAUUUUUGUCAUGCAAAGAACCAGGGAGAAAAUUAAAUAGCUCUCUGGAGAACAUCUCUCCAGCGAUCCAAACACUUCUGUGUGAUAGCGGUAUGAUUAGUUCACUGCAUCAUCCAUCAAAAUACAGCUCUUUACAAGCAUUGCAGCUCUGUUCAGAGAAAAGAUCAUUUCCGCUGAAACUAAAGUAUCUACAUCACCUGAGGUACCUGGAUCUUUCUAAAAGUUAUAUCAGGGCACUUCCGAAAAAUAUGAGCAUUCUAUACAACCUGCAAACACUGAACCUCUCUGGGUGCGAAUUUCUUCGUGAACUUCCCAGGCAAAUGAAGUAUAUGACUGCCCUCCGUCACCUUUACACUCAUGGUUGCCGAAUGCUGAAGAGCAUGCCUAGGGACCUCAGAAAGCUCACGUCCCUACAGACACUUACAAGUUUUGUAGCAGGUAGUGGGUCUAAUUGCAGUGAUGUUGGAGAGCUUGGGCAUUUGAACCUUGGUGGUCAACUAGAGCUACGCCAUCUACAGAAUGUGAUAGAAGAAGAUGCAAAAGCAGCAAACCUCGUGAUGAAGAAGGAACUAAGAGAACUAACAUUAAAAUGGGCCGAUUCUGAGCAAACUAGUUGUAGGGAUGAUGCAAGAGUGCUUGAGAAACUUGAACCUCAUGAUGGGCUGCAUUCUAUAAGUAUACACUCAUACGGAGCCACCACCUUUCCAGUCUGGAUGGCUAUGUUACAGAACAUUGUUGAGAUCUAUCUUUUUCAUUGUAAAAAGCUGCAAUGGUUGUUCACCUGUGACAGUGAUGCAUCUUUUGCAUUCCCAAAUCUGAAGGAUCUUACGUUACAAGAUCUUGUCUGUUUGGAGAGAUGUUCGGAAAGAAAUAAUGUAAUGCAAGGAGACAAGAUAAUUUUUCCUAGGCUUGAGAAGUUGUUUAUUCUUCGCUGUAAGAAGUUGACAGCACUCCCAGGACGUCCAACCUUCCCUAACCUCCAGCACGCUCUUAUUUUGGGAUGUCCAGAGUUGACAACUACAGCUAAAUCACCAAAGCUCGGCGUAUUAAAUAUGGAAGGAAGUGAGGGAGAGUUGUUCCCAUGGGUAGCUAGACAUAUGACUUCAUUGACCAAUCUAGAACUUCAGAGCCUUGAUGACAGUACAGAAACAACCUCGGUUGCCGCUAAGCAUGGUUUGAGGGAAGUGCUGGAUGGCAGGGAAAAGUGGAAUGAUCAUGAUUUUCCCCUGGCAGCUUUGGUUCUAAAAAACUUCAAGUCAGGUGUGAAAGAGCUGUGUGCAUGUUUUGUACACCUUCAAGAUUUGUCAAUUUGGAACUGCAGUGCGCUCGUCCACUGGCCAGAAAAAGAGUUUCAAGGAUUGGCUUCCUUGAGGAGGCUUCUGAUUUGCAAAUGCAAUAAUCUUACUGGAUAUGCACAAGCUUCUGUCGAGCCAUCGGCAUCAACAGAAACAAGCCAGCUCCUGCCGCGUCUAGAGUCUCUGGAGAUAUGGAGUUGUAAAAGCUUGGUUGAGGUCUUCAUCAUCCCUGCCUCUCUCAGGAGAAUGGAAAUUCAUUAUUGCACAAAGCUUGUGUUCAGAUCCGGCAGGAGGCUGCAGCAGGGACAAUCAGUAUCACCGAUUUAUCAAGGGCUAGCUAGUGUACCGGAGGUUUCAUCCCCAUCAUCGCCUGGAGCCAACUUGGACCAUUUGGAAGAAUUAAUAUUAUCGGAAUGUGAUGGCUUAACAGGGGUCCUGCAUAUUCCUCCCUCCGUGAAGAAACUAGAAAUGAAGUGCUGCAAUGGGUUGACAUCUCUUGAAUCUCGCUUGGGAGAGCGCCCAUCACUGGAGUACCUCUUGCUUUGUAGAUGCAAUACCCUGUCAUCCCUACUGGAUGGGCCACAAGCAUAUUCAUGUCUCCAAUGUCUUUACAUUAUAGACUGCCCUGGUAUGAAGACGCUCCCUAUAAACCUGCAGCAACGGCUGGGAAGCCUCCAGCGGGAGUACAUAGAUGCCCAUUAUUAUGGAAAGCCUAUGUUGCUGAAGCCAAGGACAUGGAAAUAUGUUUGCAAUAGUUGA